AUGCCGGAGAAUCUUUCAAGCACAUCGCAUUGGAAGGACGAGAAGGGACAGAGCCCAGGAGCAUUUGUCAAUUUGUCAGAUCCCCUGUUUCCGUCACAUCUCUCUGGACCGCAAGUUUCCGCAGAUAUCAGUGUCGAUGAUGAUACAGGUCUAAUCAAUGUCAAGAUUGGCACAAGCUGCGAUCCGCCUCCAGCAUACCUGCGCCAGCUCGAGAUACCCAACGAAUCGUCUUCUAGUCCCCAAAGACCUUUGAACCGCGGCCUCCAAGUGCCACGCAUGAACCUCGUAAUUUUCAUCGUAGGAUCGAGAGGCGAUGUUCAGCCAUACGUAGCUCUAGCGUUGAGCCUAAUCAAAGGCCACGGUCACUGUGUGCGGAUCGCGACCCAUGGGGAAUUUCGAGACCUGAUCGUAACCGCGGGCCAGAAAGUUGAUGGCAAGUUGCAAUUCUUUGAUGUGGGAGGAGACCCCAAGGAGUUGAUGGCAUUCAUGGUGAAGAACCCGAAGCUGAUGCCUGGCUUCAAGUCGCUCACCAACGGAGACAUUUCGCGAAAGCGGAAGAUGGUAGCGACCAUGUUGAAAGGAUUUUUGCAUUCCACAUUCUUCCCCGACCCCUUGACAGGUGAAGCUUUUGCAGCAGAUGCAAUCAUAUCGAAUCCACCUGCAUUCGCCCACAUUCACGUUGCUCAGGCCUUGGGAAUACCGUUACAUAUGUCAUUUACUAUGCCAUGGACAGCCACAACUGCAUUCUCUCACCCUCUCGUCAAUACCGGGGGUGACGAAGCGGGGAAUCAGGCCCUCUCCAACUACUUAUCUUAUGAGCUUGCAGACAUGCUGAUGUGGCAGGGACUGUCAGAUGUCGUCAAUGACUUUCGGAGGAAGCGACUCCUGCUCUCACCCCUGUACCGUCGAAACGCCAUGGAGCUCAUUGAAAAUCUUCGCGUGCCAUGGACAUAUUGCUGGAGUCAGGGUCUAUGUCCAAAGCCUAGCGGCUGGAGAGCGAAUAUUGAGGUUACUGGGUUUUAUUUCGAUGAGGAGGAGGAAAUCCACUACAGUCCUCCAGAAGAGGUGGCCAAGUUUCUCGAGAGCGGAGAGCCUCCCAUAUACAUUGGUUUCGGGAGCAUUGUAGUCAAAGAUGCGGAGGCUUUGACUGACCUGAUCGUCAAAGCUGUCUCCGCGACAGGGCGACGCGCCCUCAUUUCUUCUGGUUGGGCAGGGUUGGGAAAAGAUCUGGCUUCCGUUCCAAAGAACAUUCUCUUCUUUCAAGGUGGCAUACCUCACGACUGGCUCUUUGCCAACGGCAAGAUCGCGGCGGUGUGUCAUCACGGAGGUGCUGGCACCAGCGCCGCCGGUUUGCGGCAUGGUCUACCGACGAUCGUUGUCCCCUUCUUUGGCGAUCAACAGUUCUGGGGACAAGCGGUACAUCGUAUUGGAGCGGGGCCAGCUCCCAUCCCCGCCGCACAAAUCACCGCAGAAGCCUUGUCAAGUGCUAUCGAGAUAGCUCUACUUCAUGAAACUCGCCAGGCUGCGGGAGCUGUACGGGAUAAGAUCAGAAACGAGAAUGGGACCGACAGGGGCGUGGACGCAUUUCACAGGAAUUUACCGAUCGAGAAGAUGAGAUGCGACAUCAAGCCAGAUCGUGCAGCGGUGUGGUUCGACACUGAGACUCAUCUCAAGCUCUCUGCCGUUGUGGUGGCCGUUUUGCUGGCUGAGCAGAAGAUUGAUCGCAAACAGCUGCGGCCUUACAGACCGGUCGAGAUAUCCACUGACAAACACCAACGUGAUGCCAUGUCUCAGUCUCUCGCCUCAUCUACUCGUCUAGCGACAAUGGCCGCCGAAGGGUCGGCAAAGCUCUUCAUUCGUCCGCAAGAGGGCUUGCGGACCAUAUUCUGGGAGCUCCCAAAAUCCUCGGUGCAGAUCAUCGGAGACCUGCAAACAGGAUUCGCCAAUACCCCUCGUCUCCUUGGAUCAGACUGGCGCGAAAGCGGAUCAAUCACAGAUGUCAAGUCUGGAUUCAGGGAAGCUGGAAUUGGACUCGGAUAUGGUGUUCUCGACGCAGUCACGGGGAUAGUCACGGAACCUAUCGUCGGGUUCAAGCGAGAGGGAGUCGUUGGAGUGGCGAAAGGUGUCGGCAGGUCUUGGUUGAAUUUGAUAAGUCGACCAGCAGCAGGAGCACUGGGACUCUUCACACUGCCUGCAGUCGGUCUCGCACGCCAGAUCCGCAGUGCAGGGAGUUCCGCGAUCGAUGAUGUGUUGAUAAAUCCGAGAUUGGAUCAAGGAAAGAGGGAAUUGAGUGAUCUCACCGACCAGGAGCUUGUCGAUAUCGUGUCUGCCUACGACACGCUGCGAAGCGGUACAAGGUCACGCAGAAAAGCUCAAAGUGACAGAUCGUAUAGACCGUUGCUUCUAGGAGAGCUCAGUGGCUUUCAGAAACGAUAG